UCUCGCGGUGUAGCUGCUGUUGUUGCCACAGAGGGGAGUCAGUGGUGUAGGGUUAUAGUAUUGUUUUUGGUCUUUUUUAGACUUUAUUUUUAAAGCCAGUCGUUUAUCUAACGUCUGAAGGCGUUAGUGUACGAUCUGCACUGUAUAUUUAGUCGUUUUAAUGCUUUGAAGGAUCGUUCUGACGCAAAAGUGCCGUUGAACCUUACAUAUUUGGCAGACAAAAUGGGAAUGCGAAUGCAUCUGUAACGGAUGAAGCAAAACUAGCAAAAUAAACCCAGCAGCUUGCCAGGAUUGUCUUUCUUCUUUGGUUCUCAUAUUUUCAGGAGUGAGGUCAUAUCUAAAGAUGGGUUCAAUACUUAGUCGAAGAAUUGCUGGAGUUGAAGACAUCGAUAUUCAAGCUAAUUCAGCUUACAGAUAUCCUCCCAAAUCAGGAAAUUACUUCACCAGUCAUUUUUUCAUGGGAGGGGAGAAAUUUGACACCCCACAUCCUGAGGGAUAUUUGUUUGGAGAAAAUAUGGAUUUGAACUUUCUAGGCAACAGACCUGUUCAAUUUCCCUAUGUGACCCCUGCGCCUCACGAGCCUGUGAAGACCCUGAGGAGCCUGGUGAACAUCAGGAAAGACUCUUUACGGCUUGUCAGGUACAAAGAUGAUGCUGAGGGCAUGACUGAGGAAACUGAAAAUCCCAGAGUUUUAUAUGGUGUGGAGUUCUGUUUUGAUACUGAUGCGAGAGUUGCCAUAACACUAUAUUGUCAAGCUUUUGAGGAGUUUUCUAACGGAAUGGCAGUGUAUACUCCUAAGACACCAGCUCUGGUCUCUGAAACGGUUCAUUAUAAGAGAGAGAUAAAUCAGCAGUUUUCUCUGCCGUCCUUCAAGAUUGAUUUCACUAAGUGGAAGCCAGAGGAGCUGAACUUUGAUCUGGACAGAGGUGUAUUCCCUCUGGUGAUUCAGGCAGUCGUUGAUGAGGGAGAUGAUGUCAUAGGACAUGCUCACAUACUUUUAGCAGCCUUUGAAAAGCAUGUUGAUGGCAGUUUUUCAGUGAAGCCCUUAAAGCAGAAGCAAAUAGUUGAUCGUGUGAGCUACCUUCUUCAGGAGAUUUAUGGUAUUGAGAAUAAGAACAAUCAAAAGACAAAGUCUCCAGAGGAUGAGAACAGUGACAACAGCAGUGAGUGUGUGGUGUGUCUGUCAGACCUUCGUGAUACACUUAUACUCCCCUGCAGGCACCUAUGCCUCUGCAAUGCAUGUGCGGACACCCUGCGUUACCAGGCCAACAACUGCCCCAUCUGCCGACUGCCCUUUCGUGCACUGCUCCAGAUCCGUGCAGUGAGGAAGAAACCAGCUAGCAUGCUCUCUUCUGUCUCCUUCAGUCCAGUGCUCUCUCAGAGCUCAGACCACACGGAGAAUACAAACUCCGAGAAUGUCCCUCCAGGGUAUGAGCCAGUGUCCCUGCUGGAGGCACUAAACGGGGUGCAGGCUUUGCCUCCUGCCAUACCUUCAGCCCCUCUCUACGAGGAGAUCCAGUUUACAGGUGAGGUGGGUGACCCAUUGAACCUGAGCAGACGACAGCAGAGCAUGCUUGAGCACAGUCCAGACCCUGCAGCGCUGAAAGGCAAAGGGAGCAAAUCACCAGAUGGGUCCAUACGGUCUCCAUCGUCUCCCAUCCAGGAAGAGGAGGAUGAAGAGAGACUGUCUGAACUUUCUGAUGCCCAGCCUCGCACUGUGCUGCCCUAUAGCCCAGCACCUACUGAGGGAACAAUAGAUGGGGAGAUCUCUGAACCUGCCUCUCCUAACACAGAGAGCAGGACUCUGGGUGUGUCUGUGAGUGAGAUCUUGCAGGACUGUCACAGCGCCCGCAGCAGCUUGAGCCGCACUGAGAGUGACCCCUCAGCUGACCUGGCCCUGCCUGCAUCUGAGUCCUGGUCUACUGCUGUUGAGGAAUGUUGACAAUGGAUCAUCUGGAUCCAUUGAGAGUCUGAAGAGUCAGAGCACCAGCAGCUCCAGCCAGCCUCUGCUCUGCCUCCCCAGCAGUCUACACAUGGAGGAUGAGCGCCUCAGCCCAUAGCAGCAAUGUGCUUUCCUCCGUUUACAUUAGCACUCUUUCUCCUCUUACAGUUUAUCUCUAAGCCUCCUCUGCCUUCAGUCAAAAGUGUCUCACUCAGAAACAACAUACCACAAUCACUAAUGUUUGUCAGUUAAGCAAUAGAAGGAGUGCGUUAUUAUUUAUAACAUCAUGGCUGCGAUUUGGUCACAGUAAAUCACAGCUGUAAUGCUAUUUGUGAUAACAUACAGUCUAUAGUGUUUUAUGCAAGGUAAAGAAAAGGUAAGGCAAAGAAGCACCAAACGUAUAAAUAUAUGCUUUUAAUAUUAGACAUUUCUUCCACCAAAAAACUAGUUCCAGCAGGUUAGAGUAAGGUGACCAUUGUUAACCAGUGGUUGGAGGGAAUGAGCUAAAUACAUUGGGAAAACCAUUGUGAAAACCAUUUGUUAUCAAAUGUAACACCACAGGUUGAACACUUAAAAAAAAAUCAGAUUUUCUCCACCAAAAGGGUCAAAUUAUUGUUUUUCUACCAGGGUCUACAAAUUUUGGCCUUUGGCUGUGCAAAAAUCUUUCUGCCAGAAUACUUUGUGAAUACUUAAGUGUCUUCCAAACUACAAAUCACUAAGUUUGGAAACUUGAUUCAUAGUCCUCAGGUGCUGGAUAUUGCAGAAUUUACUUUUGUCUGCACUGGGUUUCUAAUCGAAUCAGUUGCAGAACUUGUUCAAUUUGCGUACAAGUAAUGGAAAAAUGCAGGAACAGAUUUGAUUUAGAUUGGGACUAGGUUAAAAGGCAAGAAGGUUCAUGAUGGUGGCUUUAGUUAGUUGUGUGCAUGAGUCUAAUUUUUCAUGGUUGAUUACUGGAUGGUGUGAACGAAUAAUUGGUAGCCCAGGAUGUGCAUAAAACUAUCAUGCAAUUUGUGGCCAGCUAUCUGAAAUAGACCUAGUCUAAACUGAAAACUCUCUGACACUAACCAAAUACUUGUAAUUAGAUUAGUAUACCUUUGAAAAUAAACCUAAUCAGAUUGCAAUUACCAUUUUUGUGGAUUACUAUUUUAAGGACCUUUUUGCUUAAAACAAUAUUGAUAAAUCAGCCCAUUGUUUCCUAAUUUACAGUGUAAACUGCAAAACGGUCAUGUCACUUGAACUGACAUUAAUAGUUCAUCAUUUUAUAAGAAAGUAGACAUAAGAGAGAAAUUAGGACUGUAUCUUCACAUGAAUCAAUCUUUUUAAAACCUGUUUAACAGUUAAGAUGUGAAGCCAAACAAAGCUGUUAAAACAGAAAUACUUCAAAAUAUUUAGGUCAGAUUUUACUUUUUAAAUCUUUAAGCUGCAUUACUAAACUGAUUUUUAGUCAGAUAAUUUGUAAUCAGUACAAGGUUACAUUUCUUAAGUACCUACACCUUCUUAAUCUACUAGUCAACAAUGAUGACAUUCAACGAUGAGACACCCUUGCAUUACAGUUUAGUCCCAGACUAGACCCAUUGCUUAUCAUUUCCAAGGAGUUUAGAAGGGUAUGUUUUUAUAUGCACAUGCUAUGAUUUAGCAUAAAUCAUAACACGUUAGAAGAAACGCACACACCAUGUUUACAAAUGACAAGACAGUCCCUUACAUAUACUGCCCUUACUGAACCUGUAAAGCUCCAGCUGCUUCUCUCUCUCUCUCUCUAAAUAUAUAUAUGCACACACACACACCUGUGACAGUGCAAUUGUGUGGUCCAGUCAGUUUCUUGUGUGCCUUUUAUUUCAUUUAUUUAAGUAAGCAUCUUUUUGGUCUUAAGUCUUUUCUAUUAUUUUGUAUUGACAAUUGAACACUAAGUAAUAUUUCAGUCUGUGAUGCAUUGGAUAUAUUAAUUGUGGAGCUUGUAUCUGAACCUGUAUAUCUGUUUGUGCCUUAGAGCAUAUGGCUGUCCCUUCUGGUCUCUGAAAUGUGCAACAUGGGAAGCUGUUAAGCUUUAAUUAUAGUCAAUUGAAAUGGGUUUGCCAUACAUAAAUGUCUUUUUCAUGGCAGACAUUAAGUCUAGCCUCAGACCUAAAGAGAUUUUUGAGCAGAAGAACAUCCAAAAUGCAAUAUGUCAAAGAUUACAUUUAGAUCUCUGUGCAACAGCCACCCUGGAUUGAUAUGUCGCUUUUUAGUUAUUCACUGCUGCUGGCCCCUGUAAAAGUAUUGUAUAUUUGUAUGUAGAAGAAUCAUUUUAUCAUAAAGCACUGUAAACAACUA